AUGGGCAACGAACAAUCAUCCUCUCGCUGCGGUGCACGAAACAAUCUAUUCAACGAUGGCGAGAGGACCUUCAGCGGGUCCGAAGUAUGCUGGACUGACGAGUUCAGGUCUUGUCGAGGAGAAGAUUGUAAUCGCUCGUACUGCGGUGCACAUACCAGGGACUUCCUUUCAAAUGGAUACUGUAGCAGCUGCGAGGGUGAUGAGAGAAAUCGAGAGGUGGCGAUUAGAAAGGCGAAUGUAGUUUCUUUGGAGACAACAGGGAAAGCUAUCCCAGAGGCGAUCUUAAACGUUAUCAGGGAGGGAAACGUUAGUAAGAUUGAAGUUGAGAGAAUGUCUAAGGAAGAUCGAAUCAUCUGGGAGAAGAUGUCCAUCUACUUUCGUGACAACAGCAGAGCAUGA